GUGACUGGUAGGAAUCGAUCUCCCUCUCGCACAUCAUCCGAUGGCGGAACCGCAACUGAAUGAGCAGCAAGUGAUUGCGACGUACAAGGGUAUGAAGAACGAAGUCCGUCAACUUGCUGAAAAGCAUGCCGAACUGGAACUGGAACUCCAUGAACAUCAGCGAGUGGCAGAAACGUUGAACGGGUACGAAGGCACCCGCCGUGCGUUCCGCAUGGUGGGCGGCGUGCUCGUGGAACGCACCGUGGCCGAAGUGCUGCCGGCGGUGGCCAGCAAUGCCGACGGCAUUCAGAAACUCAUGGUGCAAGUUGCGGACCUGCUAAAGCAAAAGGAAGCGACGGCGAAUGCGUGGCAGGCCCAGUACAACAUUCGAUCUCAAUAAUACCAUAACACCCUCCUUGUUCAACGUUACUCGA